AUGAGCGAAGCGGGACGCGCCCGGGGGCUGGUGGGUCCCCGAACCCCCCAGGCGGAGGCGCCAUGAAGCCUGGUGGCGACGACGGCCGCGCUCUGCCUGGUGACGGCCACGCCGUGGGGGACGGCGGGGCCGCGCCCAUGAUCCAGGGAGGAGAAACAGAAGCUCGGGAAUCAAGUACUGGAAAUGUUUGAUCAUGCCUAUGGCAACUAUAUGGAACAUGCUUACCCCGCUGAUGAACUCAUGCCUUUAACCUGCAGAGGUCGAAUUAGAGGCGAGGAGCCAAGUCGGGGUGAUGUUGAUGAUGCCUUGGGAAAAUUUUCCCUGACACUGAUUGAUUCUUUGGACACUCUUGUGGUAUUAAAUAAAACUAAAGAAUUUGAAGAUGCAGUGAAAAAAGUUUUAAGAGAUGUUAAUUUAGAUAAUGAUGUAGUUGUAUCAGUCUUUGAAACAAACAUCAGAGUUCUCGGGGGUCUUUUGGGUGGACACUCCUUGGCAAUCAUGCUGAAAGAAAAGGGCGAGUACAUGCAGUGGUACAAUGAUGAACUUCUGCAAAUGGCAAAGCAAUUGGGUUACAAGCUUUUACCAGCUUUCAAUACUACCAGUGGCCUUCCUUAUCCAAGAAUUAAUUUAAAGUUUGGUAUCAGAAAACCAGAAGCUCGGACAGGAACUGAGACCGAUACCUGUACAGCAUGUGCAGGUACCUUGAUCCUUGAGUUUGCUGCUUUAAGUCGAUUCACAGGAGCAACAAUAUUUGAGGAAUAUGCAAGAAAAGCUCUUGAUUUUCUCUGGGAAAAAAGACAGCGAAGUAGUAAUUUAGUAGGUGUGACCAUAAAUAUCCAUACAGGAGAUUGGGUGCGAAAAGAUAGUGGAGUUGGAGCUGGCAUUGAUUCCUAUUACGAAUAUCUGUUGAAAGCCUAUGUCUUGCUUGGAGAUGACAGUUUUCUGGAAAGAUUUAAUACACACUACGAUGCCAUAAUGCGGUACAUCAGCCAGCCCCCUCUGCUACUCGAUGUGCAUAUCCAUAAGCCAAUGCUGAAUGCUCGGACUUGGAUGGAUGCUUUGCUUGCCUUUUUUCCAGGUCUGCAGGUCUUAAAAGGAGAUAUUAGACCUGCUAUUGAAACUCAUGAAAUGUUAUAUCAAGUGAUUAAAAAACACAAUUUUCUACCAGAGGCAUUUACCACAGAUUUUAGGGUACAUUGGGCUCAACAUCCUUUAAGACCAGAAUUUGCAGAAAGUACCUACUUCUUGUAUAAAGUAAGCGGAGACCCUUACUACCUUGAAGUAGGGAAAACACUUAUUGAAAACUUAAAUAAAUAUGCUAGAGUGCCUUGUGGAUUCGCUGCCAUGAAGGAUGUUCGUACCGGAAGUCACGAGGACAGAAUGGAUUCUUUCUUCUUGGCUGAAAUGUUUAAAUAUCUUUACCUGUUAUUUGCGGAUAAAGAAGAUAUUAUUUUUGACAUAGAAGAUUACAUAUUCACAACAGAAGCUCAUCUGUUACCUCUCUGGCUCUCUACUACAAAUCAAAGCGUCUCUAAGAAGAGCACAACUUCAGAAUAUAUAGAACUGGAUGACAGUAAUUUUGAUUGGACUUGUCCAAAUACUCAGAUUCUCUUCCCUAAUGAUCCAUUGUAUGCUCAGAGCAUUCGUGAACCCUUGAAAAAUGUGGUGGAUAAGAGCUGUCCUAGAGGCGUCAUCAGAGUCAGAGAGGAGAGUUUCAGGAGUGGAUCUAGACCCCCGCUGAGAGCCAGAGAUUUCAUGGCCACUAACCCUGAGCAUUUAGAAAUCUUGAAGAAGAUGGGGGCUGCUAGUUCAAUUGAUGCUGAAGAUGGGUUGAGGUUUAUGCAGGAGAUGAUUGAAUUGUCAAGUCAGCAACAGAAAGAACAGCAGCUACCUCCACGAGCUGUACAAAUUGUUUCCCACCCAUUUUUUGGCAGGGUAGUAUUGACUGCUGGACCAGCUCAGUUUGGGCUAGAUCUGUCUAAACAUAAAGAGACAAGAGGAUUUGUUGCAAGCAGUAAACCAUACAAUGGUUGUUCAGAGCUUACUAACCCCGAGGCAGUGAUGGGAAAAAUUGCUUUGCUACUAAGAGGACAGUGCAUGUUUGCAGAAAAGGCACGCAACAUCCAGAAUGCUGGAGCCAUCGGUGGCAUCGUCAUUGAUGACAAUGAGGGAAGCAGCAGUGAUACUGCCCCUCUGUUCCAGAUGGCAGGUGAUGGAAAGGACACAGAUGACAUCAAGAUCCCCAUGCUGUUCCUGUUCAGUAAAGAAGGAAGUAUUAUACUGGAUGCUAUCCAGGAAUAUGAGGAGGUGGAAGUGCUCCUUUCUGACAAAGCAAAAGAUCGAGAUCCUGAAACGGAAAAUGAGUCUCAGAAUCAGAGUGCUGAACAGACCACACCAGGCUCUCAGGAGGUGGAUUUGGUGGAUGGAGCGUCUCCGGAGCAGCCUCUGGACUCUCACCCAGAAUCAUCAUCCCCAGCAGCUACGGACAGCGCCGCUGCAAGCGCUUCUCCUUCCCAGAAUUCUGAUCCCACGGAAAACCAUGGGCCUACAGGCUUUGGUGGUGAAUGUACAUAUUUAGAUGAAGAUGAAGAACAGUCAGAAACUGAGGAAGAUUCCAGUCCCAAUGUCAGCUGGGGUAAGGAGGCCCAGCCCGUGCACCCCAUACUAGCAAACUGGAAUGAGGAUAUGGAAGCAAUUGAAAUGAUGGAGAAGGAGAUGCAGAAGAAGGGCGAACUAUGACUCACUGAAGAAUCGGUGGUAGGUAUUUAAAAAGAGUAGGUAAACUGUGGUUAAUAGACACCCUCAUACUAAGCAGGCUCUCCAGUGGGAGGCUUUAGUAUGGUAACGAGCAACCGCAUUCUGACUGGGAUAGUUGGUUAUAGGAGCCUGGAGCUUGCUAUGCUAGAAUUGACCUUGUUUCAAACUGUCCCAUGAGAAAUGGAAACUCACAGUCCCCUCGAUGGCAGCACCGCACCCCCCUGCAGUGCCUCAGGCCGUGAGAAGACUACUGGCGGACGCGCCUCGGAUCCAGGUUUCUGCAGGCUCUGGACAGACGAGAAACAGAUCCGGUUAGUAGUGGGGUGGGGAGCAGGAGCUCGUGUUGUUUCCUAAUUAAAGGAAGCGUGACACUCUAGGUUUGGGGGUUAGAGUCACCGACCAUAUUGUGGGCAUCCUGGUUGUGCUGCCUUCACAGAAACACUCAAAGUGACCUAAGUGGUUCUGAAGCAAGUGUGUUCACGGUGAGACCAGUCUUGCUCAUCGCUUUCACUUGCUUCCUUGUGUAACAGAUGAUCAAGAUGACUUGAUUCCCCCCCCCCCCCAACAAUGUCCUUUUCAUUUAAACCAAAGGUGAAGCCAGUGUGCUUUCUCAGUGAGUUCUCUGCAUAAGGACUAAUCAUUGGGACCAGGUACAAAGGUCAUCUGCUAUAUUGUGGAAAUUGGUUACUUAGUACUUUUGAAAAAUGGAGCAAGGGAGAAACUAAUGUUGCAAUAAGAGCUGGCCAUGGGGCCUUCCAUAGGGAAAGCUGUGACUGCUCUGAAGUGGAACUUAGUGCUAGAUCCUUACAGGGUGAAUGACAAACCUUUUCCAGUUCGUUCUCUUAGAGGCGAUGCCCUCUAGUCAUCAGCCUUACUCCAUCCCAGGUUUAGUAUGCAGUUUGAGCCACAAGGCCCAGGUGACUGAUAGCUUAAUACAUUUUGUUCCAUUUCUGUCUUAGGAAGCCAUGGUCAUGCUGUGGUAGUGAUCCAAAAUCCUGGGGUAACUCUGCUUUCUAAAGUUGUACCUAAGGAGCCUGUCACAUUUUCUGUUGAAUCAUGGUUUUUAAGUUUUGCUUUUUCUUUUUAAAACAAAUAUUCCUUCUGAUAUGGACUUGAAAAUUAGUCUAUGGUAACCUGUGUAGAAAACUUACACAGUACCAACUAACAUGCAGCCAUAUAGCUUAAUAAAUUUUUUUUUUUUGGUGGCAGUCUGGAGCUGGCCACAUUAAAUUUUUUGUUGUUGAUAUCUGUAGACAGUCCUGUAGUUGAAAUCAUAACUUUAUUCAUUUUAUUUAUUUUUUUAAUUUACCUGAAUGUGUUCUAAAGGCAUAUUUUUUGUGAGACUUAAUUUUCUUUCUCUUUACCAUGACAUUACAUAUAACCUUCUCCUAAGACAGUUUUGAGGUACUGACGAACUGAAACUGUGUAUGAAGCUGUUAAAAAAAACAGCAGUGCUGUAUUGUACUUGUGUAUAUUCAUGUACAGUGUGUCUUAGAUCCAGGUAGAUGUAUUCUUUUAUAAGAGGAAAAAUCGCUGCUUUCAGAAACUCCAGCUAAACUUAAUUGGGUCAGUGAACCAUAAAUCUAAUAGAGAAUUCACUUAGGGGGUGUAGAUUAGUAUACAAGACCUUCAUUGGCCAUUGAUUAAACCUGACACCAAAAUGGAUAUUUUUUAGUCACUGCAUGUGAAAUUUGGCGUAAGAAGAUAGAACUAUAAUACAUAGAGUUCACGGCGGGAUAGACAUAGUGCUUUCUUCACUUUAAUUGUAAAGCUGCCAAAAUAGCUGAAGCUUAAUUACUUGCCUUGAUUUAUAGGAUUGGGGCUUGGCAAAAGGGAGCAGAUGUUCCUCUAAGACUUUGAUUCCAGAAGCCUUAUAUUUAGUGAUUUGAUUUUGUUUGUAGCUCAGAGCUAUUGUUGUUUAAAUCUCACUUUUCUAAGUUAUCAAAACAACAUUUUUUUCUCCCCAGCAAAUAUUUUUGUGGCAUACAAGGAAAAGCCAGCUUAUUGCCACUCUACCUUCCUUUGGCCAUUAGGGGGAGCUGUUGCCAUUCAUUGAGAUCUAGAAGCAAAUUGCUUAGGAAAGUGAAUCCUUAAUAAGACAGGAAAGAAAAUUAAGUUACACUCAGCGCCCAGAAGGAAUUAUACUUGAUUUUUUCCCCAUUUAAGAAAAGGUAUAACUCUAACAUUGCCUCUACAUUUCUUAUUUGACAUACUGCCAUGAAGUUAGUUUUUCAGUUCAUUAAAAAAUUCCAACAGCAUUAGAGUUUUUUUUUUAAAUACCUUCUAUAGAGAUUUUAUUUACUUCCUAAAGAUUCGGGGGAGUCUAUGAAACCCUGAAUUUUAGAAACAUCUGGUCUACCUCAGUUAACUGUUGACUGCAUAGAAAUAGAGCUGAAGUGAUCACCACAGCCAUAAAAUUGACUAAGAAGGAUUUAUACAAUGUUUACAAACCUGGAAUCAAGUAAGGCUUUUAUCUGAAAGUUAUUAGAGUAAGUAUUUAAUUCAGGUAUUUAAGUUUAACUUGUUUACCAACUAAAAAUAGCUGUAGUUUUUUCUGCUUAUCAGAGUCCAUUGAAAUGAUAUUCCCUUAAUCUGCAAUACCUUAUUUCCCAUAAAGUUUUAGAUGUGAAAGAAUUGUAAUUUACUAGUUUGGCGCAGGAUAUUUUGUUGGGUAGGUUUUCUUUUUAACCUUAAUAGGCUUCCAACAAGAACAUAGUUAUUGUUUCAGAACAAAUAAUUUUUGACAUUAUACUUUUUACUUCACAGUAUUAAAGAGUAAAAUGAAAAAUUGUGCACGCUCUGAUAAUUACUCCCUCGAGAAUUUGUCUCAAAUUACUGUCACACAGCCCUUUUCAUAGUAAAACCAGCAUUUGUUCUCUCACCAAACCCCAUGCCAAAUUCAUCAUAAAGAAAGCUCAGCAUAAGUAAUUCAAAUAGUGCUUAUAAUUGUUUAUUAGGUGGGGGCAUUUAGUGAAUAUUCCAACCGGUCGUUUUCUGCACAAGGCUUUAGUCAGAACAUAGAAAAAAAACAUUCUGUGAAUGAAAUAUUGUAUGUUCAGAUUUUAUAAGAGACAUUUUUAAAAGCCCAAUUUACAGCCGUAUAUUUUCUUAUGAUGUAAUUUAUGAAAAAGAUGUCUGUACUAACAGGUGCUGUAACACUACUGUUGUUGGAUUUUAUUGUUUGGUGAUAAAUGAUAAAUGUAUACAAUAUUUCUAAGGGAAACUAUGUACUGUGAUGUAAAAGUCUGGGCAAAAUGUAUAUAAUCCUUGUACAUAAAUGUGUAUCUGAUUAUAAUUACUGAUUGUAAAGAUUUAAUAAAACAUGUAAAUAUCCUGGUCUAGUUUUAA